UUUAGGUCUGAUUUCAGGUCCCAGAGGUGUCACUCUGAUUACAAAGCUCUCUCUGAAAACAAAACCUAAGAAUGCUUCGAGUGUCCUUGUUAGUGGUGGUGGUGUUGGGUUGUCUCCUGGCCUCCUCAGUAUGCAGGGCUCAGGUGUACUAUGUCAAACCUUCACAGCCUCCAAACACCAACUGUCCUAGUAAGCCGUGUCACACUCUCAAUUACUAUGCUCAGAACGCUACAUUGCUUAGUGGAAAAAGCAAUGUCACAUUACUGUUUGUUGAGGGUGUCCAUCUUUUAACCGAACCAAAGUUUGAAAUUGCUAAUACAACGAAUGUAGCGCUGGUUGGCAUAUCCAUUCAAGCUCCUAAUGUUAGUUUUUCAGUUGGUGGACAAUUUAAUUUUACGAUGAUUGAUGAGCUAGUAAUAAGCAACUUGUUCUUUCAAUAUGACUCCGUAAACCUUUCGGAGUCAGCGUGUGAAACAAAAGUAAGUGUGUCUUACAUUAGGAGAUUCUCGCAAAAUCACAUUAAAUCUAUAUACCCGCGUUUGUUUAACCCUUGAAAUGACGAGGGAAUUUCAGCUAUACAAUUCAUUCUAUAAUAAUGGAAAAAUUGUUUAUACCAAUCGAACGAUCAUUAAUACUCAUAGAUUGGAUUUGAUUUCAAUGUCUAUUCACCAUUGUUCAUUUGUGUCGUCUGAACUUUCCAUAAAUCUGAACAGUGCAAUUAACACAACUUUUAAUGGAACCAUUAGCAGUUCGCAUGGUGUUUCUAUUGAGUCAGUAAUUGCUAGUCCAGGUUUCACGGUGUACCUAACAGUAAAUGGCUGUCACAAAAUAGGAAUUAACAUUCAGUUAAAUUCGAUGAUUAGCAGGUUUAAGCUAAGAGUUGAAGGUAGUAAGGUUGAAUCAAUAAUUCUGUGGAGCUCACAACUUCAAAAAAAUGCAGUAAUCAGGGUUUCGAAUAGCUCUAUCUUUGAUGGAGUACUUGAUUGUGAAAAUGUUACAAAUGUCACUCUCAGCCAGCUUUCACUAAAUCUUUCUGAAAUAUUUCUGUUGACGAAGUACUGUAGACUUGAAAAUAUUAAUGUUUCAAGCAGUCCUGGCAUGUAUAUUGGCGGCCGUUCAACAGUAGUUAUCGAUGGAUGUAUAUUUGAAAAUGCAACAGAUAUAAGAAGUUCUUAUUCACCAUUAAUCCUGUCUUUUGUGGACUUGCACUUUAACGGGAUUACAAUAUUCAGGAACAAUAUUGGCUAUCGUGGUGGAGCAAUGUAUUUCUUCAAUACUAAAAUGUAUCUUACAAACCAGUCUAAAGUAAUAUUUCAAAACAAUACUGCACAAGACAAGGGUGGUGCUGUAUAUGUACAAAAUCCAAUUGACAAUGAACUUGGAACAGAAAUCAAUUUUCCAUCAGUGGACAUGAAGAGGAGGCAUCAGUGUGUGUUCAGUUUAUCGUACAAUCUUACUGAUGGAGAAAGACCCAAUAGUUCAGUUAUCUUUAAAGGAAACAGUGCAAAGAACGGUGGUAGUGAUGUAUAUGGUACUUCACUGAAGUCAGAUUGUUUUGUUACUCCUAGCGCAUGGCAAAACUUUAGCUAUGAGGUUCAGAGUGAUAUAUUUAAAUUUGAUUCAAACACACACUCAAAACUUUCAUCAGUUUCUUCCGACCCAACCCGAGUUUGCUUCUGUGAUGAAAAUGGGAGACCAAAGUGUGCUUCCUAUUCUUACAUUGUUCAGCAUCGAACACUUUCCCCAGGUGAGAAGUUCAAUGUCAGUUUGGCACUGGUCGGUGGCGAUUUUGGUGUUACUGGUGGACCAGUCCAUGCUCUUUUGUUUUCUGAGCAAGGAAAAAUACUUUCUUUCAAUCAAUCUGUCAAAUUUUUUUCUGGUACAGUUUGCUCCCUACUUGAGUAUGAGGUGUACUCGAAUAAUGAAAAUAGUACAGUUCUGCUAUAUUUUGGUUCCGACGUAAUCUCUAUUAAGAAAAAUAAAUAUAAUUUUUCCCCCAACAAUGUGUCCAUCUUCAAAUACCAUAACCAUACUGAAAUUGACAAUAUUUUGGCCACAACUCCAGUUCUUCUGAACAUCACUCUACAGAAAUGCCCACUGGGUUUGACACUCAAUAGAAACACAUCUUCUUGUCAUUGUGUCCAAAGGCUAACGGACUAUGGAAUUACAACAUGUGCUACUGUACAUGGAGAGGGGCUGAUAACCCGCAGUGGUACGAUCUGGGUGAGCAACUUAGAAGCUGUAGACAAUGAGACAGGUGUUGUUGCAUACAAAUAUUGCCCAUUUGAUUACUGUGAAACAGAAGAGAUUGCUGUUAACCUGAACAAGCCUGACAGUCAGUGUACUUUCAAUCACAGUGGUGUUCUGUGUGGAGGUUGUGCCCCAAACCUCAGCUUAGCGUUGGGUAGCCCUCAGUGUCUGCCUUGCUCCGAUAAUGGACACGUGGCUUUCUUUGUUCCAUUUGCAAUUGCUGGUUUGGUGUUAGUGCUUUUCAUUAAGUUGUUUGAUCUCACGAUAACCAAAGGAGCUGUCAAUGGACUGCUUUUGUAUGCUAACAUUCUGUGGACUAAUCAAAGCAUUUUCUUUCCUCAUGCAAUUCGCCAGUCAUCUUCUUUUUUUGUCACAUUUGUGGCGUGGCUCAAUUUGGAUCUUGGAAUUAAAACCUGUUUUAUACAGGGUUUGGAUAUGUAUUGGAAAACUUGGUUGCAAUUUUUGUUUCCUCUUUACGUUUGGAGUCUAGCCGGGCUCAUCAUUUUAGCCUGCCGCUAUUCUGACAAAGCUACUAAACUGUUCGGUAAUAAUUCAGUUCAUGUUUUAGCUACACUAUUCCUACUCUCGUACUCCAAGCUUCUCCGUACAAUUAUUACAUCAUUGGGGUUUGCUACUCUUAACUAUCCUGGUGGGACAAGAGUUGUGUGGCUAGCAGAUGGUAAUCUUCCAUAUUUUGGUGUACGCCACUCAUUCCUUUUCAUAGCGGCAAUAUUUGCUUUGAUAAUAUUCUUGCUGCCUUAUACAGUAACAAUACUGCUAGCUCCAUGCCUGAGGAAAUGUGGUAACAUCUCAUGGAUUAACAAGCUAAAGCCAUUCUUUGAUGCUCAUUAUGGCCCCCUCAAAGACAAGCACCAGUACUGGAUUGGAUUGACACUGCUUGUACGUGUGAUACUGGCCAUUACCAAUGUUGCAAUUCAAGCUAUUGAUCCCACUAUCAAUCUUCUUGUAACAAUAGCUUUGUCUUCACUAUUACUGUCUGUGGUUGGUUUUUCGUAUAGAAAAUGGUAUAUCUCAAUUCUUGAAAGCUCCUUUGUUGUUAAUGUGAUCGUUCUUGCAGGAGGAUUUUUGUACUCAAGUACAAUAUCUAAUGAACAUUUUCAGAAUGCUUUUGCUAGUGUUUCUGUUGGUAUUGCAUUCCUCACAUUCCUACUAAUAAUCUGUGUACAAGGGUACACUCAAGUGAAGACACUUUGUCACUGCAGAACUGGUGUACGUAGAGAGUAUGAAAACAUCAAUGGUAUGAAUGACUCUAAAAUAGAGUGUGUCCCUCCCACUCAUUAUGUGGUUUCAUUGCACGAUGAUGCAACUCAAGAUUACUGCCCACUGAGAGAAGAAUUGCUGGAGAGUGACAGUCAUGCACUAAGAAAUUGAUAAGACAGUGCAUUAUUAUAAUUAUGCUAUAAUUAUGCAGCCCUUAGACAAUGCUUUUUCUUCAUGUAGCUUGUUUUUGUUUUGUUUUUUCUAUAGCUUAGCAAUUUAUGAAUCAUUUGGAGGAUUGCAAUGACAUUAUUCACUUAUUCGGAUAAAAGUACAGAUACAGUGUCUCCCCAUGAAGCUAGCCAUCAGCAUCUCAGUAUUCACAUUCUCUAUAAAUAUGGGCUGGCUUCUUAAUACUAGUAGAAGAGUAUUGUAAGACAGUGCCAGAAAUGGUAAUUAUAGUAAUGGGACUUAAUUGGAGAAAACAUUUUAAUUUUACCAUACGUAUAGCGGAAAAUUUUCGCUGGUGUAAAUGUUCGUUAUUUGCAGCUCCAGAACCCUUUUUUUUCAUGGGGGGAGGAAGCCCCUUAAAUAAUUAUACAUGUGAAGCGUUAGAGAUAUGUAUAAAAUAAAAGGAAUAAAAUUAGGGUGUGAACAGUUCAGUUUAUGUCCAUUUCGGCUGUUACCAGGUCAAUAUAGAAGGCGGAACUUUGGAAGCGUGUCCGAUAUGAACGAGCACCUUGAUCGAAUGCAUUGAAUAGCUGAUCGGAGAAGAGAGAAGGUAAGGCGGCAGCAGAGCCAGGCCAGGGUGGUUGAGUAGGAUUGCUCCCAUUUGUCGGCAAGACACGCGGAUAACCUUUUGUAAAAAGUAGUGGCUUCCGUGGCCAAGCCUCCAGUGGUGCACAAUACAAGUGGAGUGAAUGACGAGUGUUCUACUUCUCUCACUCUCUGUUCAUAUGCCCUCUUUUUGAUAGCUUCAUGUUUGCGAUAACAAGCGGCAGAAAUGUUUGUGGGUUCUAAUAUUCGCAUUUAAAUGCCAGGAAACCACACCCACCAAUAGCUUUGCAUGUGAAGUACUUGUGCGUGGGAGUUUACCUCAGUUUUAAUGUUCGUGUCUUCUAUCUGCCCUCGAAAAAUGCGAAAUUUUACACUUGACAAAAAUUUCCCGCUGUACAGUACUAAUUAAGUGGGUAUGGAAUAAUGUGUACUGGUAUACUGACAGAGGAUUUCAAUUGUUAGUUAACUGUAGUUGGGUGUGGCCCGACCUUUCUUACGGAAGGUCGGGCCAUACCCAACUAUAGGUUGAUUGGUAGAUCUAUGUGCAAGUUAACCAUGUGCACUUCAACUUUUAACUGUUACCACAAGAGUAACUGUUUGGACAAGAGAAAGACUGUAUUCCAAGAAGUUAAAGAUCGCAAUAUGCCAGCCGUAGUGGAUACAAUAAUUUAUGGUGUCACAUAAUACCUCACAUAACACACAUUAGCUACAAACAGAGCACUUUAUCACUAUUAUUU